UAUAAAACAGGCGGUCACUCGGCCAAACAUUCCUUUCCUCUGACAUUCUGAAUGAACUCUACAUUACUCAAGUCGCGCACUGGACAGAUACGUGGUUUCCUUUCCCAAUCUCCAUCCUCUCUCUCUCCCUCUCCCUCUCUCUCUCUCUCUCUCUCGCGCGCAAUCGCCAUCUCAGACUUUCCCGACUCUCCGACCACCCGCAGCACCGACCCAACCGAUCCCAUUCUCCUCUCGACCUUCCUCUAAACUCGGGAAACAAUGUCACGUCUCCGGGUUUUGCACCGCAGGUUUUGGGAGUCGCUCGGACGCUCUCCCGUGUACUCCCCGCGUUGCCAUGGCCACGGUGGUGAUGGAGCAGAUCAGCCGUCUCUUCAUUAACAUCCAGCAGAUCAGGCAGCUGCCGAGCCUCCUGGAACAGAGCGCCCCCUGCCUGCCGGCCACGGUGCGGGACCAUGAGGUGCCGCGCAUAUUCCGGGAGCCUUACAUCCACUCGGGAUACCGGCCGGUGCAUCACAGCUGGCGCUAUUACUUCCUGACUCUGUUCCAGCGGCACAACGAGGCGGUCAAUGUGUGGUCGCACCUGAUCGCUGCCCUGGUGGUCCUGAUCAAACUGCAGGAGUUCUCGAAAACGGUGGAUUUCCUCUCAGAUCGCCACGCGUGGCCCUUCCUGAUCCUGAUCCUGGCCUCCUUCAACUACCUGAGCUGCAGUGCCUUAGCUCACCUGCUACAAGCCCGCUCCGAGCUCGCACACUAUUCUUUCUUCUUCCUGGAUUACGUUGGAGUCGCGAUCUAUCAGUACAGCAGCGCUCUGGUCCAUUAUUACUACAGCAUCCAGGAGGAAUGGUACCAUCUCGUCAGCUCUUUCUUCCUCCCAGUGGCCACGCUCCUGGCCUGGCUGUCUUGCAUUGGCUGCUGCUACGCCAAGUCCAACGCUCAGGUGUUACAGCCGUGGGCUCGUAAGCUAUACCAGGUGGUGCCCGCUGGCCUGGCCUACCUGCUGGACAUCAGCCCUGUGCUGCACCGCAUCUACAGCUGCCACUCGAUCAGCUGCACCGACCCAGCCGUGCCUUACCACCGUUGCCAGGUCCUCUGCUUCCUGGUCUGCGCUCAUUUCUUCUCCUGCCCGCACCCGGAAAAAUGGCUGCCGGGAAAGUGUGACAUCUUCCUGCAGGGACAUCAGAUCUUUCAUCUGUUCAUGGUUUUCUGCACGCUGGCCCAACUGGAGGCCGUGCAUCUGGACUACAAGCGGCGAAGACACCUGUACCAGGCAUGGCACCAGCACUCCACUUCUGCUGUGUUCAUCGGCUGCACCUUCAUCAUCCUCUCCAGCAUCUCCACGGCCAUUUACAUGCGGUUUCCACCUGCUUUGUCACUCCCAAUCCUGGCUUCAUGGCUCCGGUUGAGAGUGGUGUGGGGAAUGUUCCUGAUCUGUCACAACUUCCUCAGCUCUGGCUAGCAAUCUCCAUCUUGUUGCUUCUCAUCCUGCUCACAGUUGGCUGCAAUUUCUGC